AUGCAGUUGCGAAAUACAGCAUUAGGUUGGAUCGUCACGGGUGAUACAGGCACAAGGAAGCAACCAUCCAAAGCAACUUGCAAUGCGACACUGAAGACUCUUUACGAAGAAGUGAACAAAUUCUGGAAUGUAGAAGAAGUCUCUUCAAAUAAAAUUUUAUCUCCAGAGGCACAAGCCUGUGACACAUACGGGUUAGCUCUAAAGAGGUUUCCUUCAUUAGAGCGCUCGCUUCAUCAGAAACCUACAUACAGAGCACAAUAUCAAGAAUUUUUGGGCGAAUACAAACAAUUGGGCCACAUGUCUGAAAUUCCAAAUUAUCCAAGAGAUGGCUGUUAUUUACCUCGUCAUCCAGUCAUCAGGGCGGACAGUGUCACGACCAAGGUGCACGUAGUCUUCGAUGCUUCUGCCCGACCAUCAUCAGGAAAAUCGUUAAAUGAUUUGUUAAUGAUAGCCCCUACCAUCCCAGACGAUUUAUUCACCUUGAUUAUAAGAUUCCGGACAUACAAAUACGUACUCGCUGCCAAUAUAGCGAAAAUGUACCGGCAAAUAAACAUUCACCCGGAGGAUCGGAGGUAUCAUAAAAUUCUUUGGAGGGAAAACAUAAACGACCCAAUAAAAAAGUACAAAUUAAAUACAGUGACAUACGGUACCGCACCCGCACCAUACCUGGCAAUACGUACUCUACAACAGCUGGCACAAGACGAAGAACAGAACUAUCCGAUAGGGGCACGGGCCUUGAAACGGGAUUUUUAUGUCGAUGAUCUGCUAACCGGGAAAACACUCUCGAGAAGGCAACUUUGUUACGGGAUUAACUCAUUAACAUAA